CUCAUUCCUAAGACACUCACUUUGGAACAGCAGUUUUAAAUAAAUAUGGCAGCUCUAACAAGUAGAGGAAUACCUUCAAGCUCCGUUAGUCCACAAUAUCUGCACUCAAACUCCACUAGCCACACUUGGCCCUUUAGUGCUAUAGCAGAACUAAUCGAUAAUGCUUAUGACCCAGAUGUCAAUGCAAAACAAUUGUGGAUCAAUAAAACAUCUGUCAAAAAACAGGACUGCCUCAUCUUUAUGGAUAAUGGAGAAGGCAUGGAUUAUGACAAAAUGUUCAGAAUGCUUAGUUUUGGCUUCAGUGAUAAGCAGACAGUAAAAGGCCAUGUCCCAGUUGGUCUUUAUGGGAAUGGUUUUAAGUCAGGUUCCAUGCGCUUGGGGAAGGAUGCCAUCGUAUUCUCAAAGAAAGCAGGAACCAUGUGCGUGGGUCUCCUGUCACAGACUUACCUCGAGAAGAUAGGAGCAAAGACUGUCAAAGUGCCUAUUGUCACGUUCACUAAGACUGGACGGACUUAUAUCCUUUUAUCCAGUCAUGCUAUUUGUCUGCGUGAUAUCUUGACACAUUCACUGUUUAACACGGUGGAAGAAUUACUUGCUGAGUUCAGUGUCAUUGACAGUUUAUGUGGAACCCGUAUCAUCAUCUGGAACCUACGCAGAACAUCUUCAGGCAAAUUAGAAUUUGACUUCAAGACAGACAUUUAUGACAUCAGAGUUCCUCUUGAUGUGUAUGAGGACACCAGGAAGCUAAACAAGCAACAACCUGAGGGUGACAUGUCACUUCCUGAGAGUGAAUAUUCCCUGCGGGCAUACUGCAGUAUCCUAUACUUGAAGCCAAGAAUGCAGAUUAUCAUUCAAGGACAGAAGGUGGAAGCUCAGUUUGUCACCAAAAGUCUAGCAAAAGUCUUCAAGGACACAUACAAGCCUGCCUGUCUAAAAAAAGGAAUGACAAUCACUUUUGGCUACAACACAAAGAGCAAAGAGCACUAUGGCAUCAUGAUGUACAACAAAAACCGACUUAUCAAAGCCUAUGAGCGUGUUGCUUGUCAGCGCAAGGCUAAAAGCACAGGGGUUGGAGUUAUUGGGGUGAUAGAGUGCAACUACCUCAAUCCAACUCACAACAAGCAGAACUUUGAAGAUACAGAAGAGUACAGGAAAACCAUGCUGAAUGUAGGUUACAAGCUUGAGGACUACUGGAAGGAAGUGCGUUACAGACACCAGAAAAACAACACUGAAUGUUUUGAAGAUAUUGUGAAUCGACCAGAUCAAAACUGGGUUCAAUGUGAUGAUUGUCUGAAGUGGCGAAAACUUCCAGACUGUGUUGACCCUAAAAAUCUCCCUAAAGAGUGGUUUUGUCAUAUGAACCCUGACCCUCAAUUCAGGAGUUGUAAAGUUGAAGAAGAGCCUGAAGAUCCUGAGGAUGAAAAACCGGGAUAUCAGAAAACCUACAAGGAGCAUGAGAGAAAUCAGUGGCAGGAUAAGAAGAACAGACUGCAGCAGAACCUAUCUACAACCAGGACAUCCUCCCAAACAAUACACAGUGCUUAUUCCAGGUCUUCAGCUGACUCCCAGGACACUCCUCUUCAUAUUACUCGUACAAUGAACAAGAGAGUCCUGUGCCAGGGUCAAGAGAUCACACAGAUGAAGAAAUCUAGACUAAAAGAUUAUGAUAACAGUGUACUAAAUAGUCCAUCAACAUCCACAGCCUUACCUAACAGCACCUCACCUGGCAUGCACAUGGCUGUUAAAGAUGCAAAUAAAGCACAAAGAGUAGCCACCAAAAAAGCAUCAAAAGACAAUGGUGAUGUGAUUCAAAAGAACGCGGUGCAAAGCAAUAACAUCCCUGAGAACCAGCAGAACUACAAAGGGGUGUACCUUAAUGCCAUGGAGGAGAUGAAAAAGGGGAACUACAAAGGGGUGUACCUCCAUGCCAUGGAGGAGAUAAAGCAGCUCCAACAUAAGCUCAGCAAGCAAGAAAAAACAGAAGAAGAGCUUAAAAGAAAAGUGGAUGGUCUAGAAUCUGAGAAAUAUAGUUUGUUAUUAUGCUGUGAGAGCCUGAAGAAAGAUUUGGAGGAGAUAAAAAGAGAAAGUAAAAAAAGGAAGGUAAAUAAAAAUCCAGGUGACCAGGCGAAACAGGAAAAUCUGGAGUUUUACAGCCUCAGAUUAACAGAACUCAGACAAAAAGUGGCAUGUCUCCUGGUCACCAUUGUCCCUGAUCUGGAUCUUCAGCAAAUUAACUACAAUUCUGCAGUCAUUGAUGAGAUUCUUACUCAGGUUGUCAAUGAGAUCUCCUCUACAACAGCAGCUUCUACAUAGAAACAGUGGUGACAAAAAGAGAACUAGGAAGUAAUUGCUCGAUAUGCCGGAGUCUUUCAAAUCUUGUUUUUAUUUUUCUUCAUGACAAGACAUAAAAUGUAUCUAUCGUUUCCAGUGUGUUUGGGGAGCCAAAACAACUAAGUAAGGUUUUAGGCACCUA